CCCAUCGUGCUUCGUGCCAAAACGGGCCGUGCCGGAACAACCCCCCACCACGGCGGCGGCGGCGGCGGCGCCAUGGCGAACAGCGGCAAGUCAUCGCCGGCGGCGACCUCCACCACCGCGCCGCCACCGGGUCGGCCGAAGGCGAAGGCGCCGCCCCUCACCGUCGAGGGCUACCCCGUGGAGGGCAUCUCCAUCGGCGGGCAGGAGACCUGCGUCAUCUUCCCGACGCUGAGCGCCGCCUUCGACAUCGGCCGGUGCCCGCAGCGCGCCGUCUCGCAGGAGUUCCUCUUCAUCUCCCACGCCCACCUCGACCACAUCGGCGGCCUCCCCAUGUACGUCGCCACCCGGGGCCUCUACCGGCAGCGCCCGCCCACCAUCUUCAUCCCCGCCUGCCUCAGGGACCCCGUGGAGCGCCUCUUCGAGCUCCACCGCUCCAUGGACCAGUCCGAGCUCAGCCACAACCUCGUCCCCCUCGAGAUUGGUCAGGAGCACGAGCUCAGGAGGGACCUCAAGGUGAAGGCCUUCAAGACCUACCACGCCAUUCCCAGCCAGGGGUAUGUGAUAUACACGGUGAAGCAAAAGCUCAAGCCAGAGUAUCUUGGCCUCCCUGGGAGCGAGAUCAAGCAGCUGAAGCUGUCAGGUGUGGAGAUUACGAAUACAUUGACGGUGCCUGAGAUUGCUUUUACCGGAGAUACGAUGGCAGAUUUCAUUCUUGAUCCUGAUAAUGCGGAUGUUUUGAAGGCGAAAAUUCUUGUAGUGGAGAGUACUUUUGUUGAUGACUCUGUUACAAUUGAGCAUGCAAGAGAAUAUGGGCACACCCAUCUGUUUGAGAUACUGAAUCAGUGUGACAAACUUGAAAACAAAGCUAUUCUGCUAAUCCACUUUUCUGCUCGUUAUACCGCAGAGGAAAUUGAUAUAGCAAUCAAUAAGUUGCCACCCUCUUUCAGAAGUAGAGUUCAUGCAUUGAAGGAAGGUUUCUGACAAAGAUGAAGUGAUCAAUCAGAAAUGAAGCAUUCAACCUUACUCUCCUCUCGAUGCACUCAUGUACCAAGAACUCUUUUUUUUUUUGGGGGGGGGGGGGGGGUGGGGGGGGAUCGAAUCCUUAACUCUUGAGUCCUGAAACAUUUCUGUAGCACCCCUUCACACACCGAACAUUAACAAUAUUUUACAUUUUUUUGGUCAUUGGUGAUCGCAAAGAGCAAUCGUUACAUCCAUGCUGUAUUACAUUAUACAUAGAGAUAGUACAUGUUGUGGAUAAUC